CUGACGGACUACAGUCCAGUACCCAUUGACAGUUAUCGUAAAUUUUGCACAUGGUGCCGUGGUGCUCGAAAGCCAGCAGAUGGGUAGACUGUCGUUGAAGGAGCCCACACCUCAUCUGCGAGUCGGAGACAGCUUACUAUUUUGGGUCAGAAAGGGACAUGCCAGUUCCAUUUUGCAAGAUGAAUUCUUUUACUGAAAGACAGUUUCUGACUUUUCAAGAAGCAAAGGAGCUGAUGUCCGACUCAUAUUCAUGCUUUAAACUUCAGACCAGUGUAAAACAUGUAUUACUGUCCCCAAGAUAUAUUGGAAAUGUCAAGCAAGGAGUAGUGGAGCAACUGUCAACGGAACUACAGCUGUAUUCUGAUAAAAUGGAAGGAGUCUUGAUAGCAUUUGAUAAUGUUAGAUUGCUCCAGAACACUGGGAAUGUAAUUGAGUCUCAGCCCUGGGUACACAUGGACAUUCAGGCUGAUUUCAUAGUCUUCCAGCCAGGCAAGGGCAGUGUUCUGAAGGGUGUGAUCAACAAACUUGGCAGAGACCACAUUGGCUGUAUAGUGCACCGGUGCUUCAAUGCUUCUAUACUCAAACCAAGGGAUGCAGAUAGUGACUGGCAAAAUAACUUUAAAGUUGGACAAGAAGUCAUAUUCCAAGUCUUGAACUUGUAUUCUAAUAACAGAGUGCUCUCUUUGAGGGGCAGGUUACAUCACACAGGAGAGGAAUCUUUCCAAACUCCCAACAGAUCUAGUCAAACCGUGAAUCAAUUUUUAAGCCCAACUCCCAUAAAAGGAUCAUCUUUAAAGAGAAAAAAUGAUGAGUUGUCCAUUGCCUUUGACACAAGCACACCUGAUCAUCAUAGUAAAAAACAGAAAGUUGAACACAUUAAGUCUGAAAGUAUUGGAGUUGAAACUUUGACAUCAAGCGUCUUAGAGAGUACAGUUGACUCAAGCACUGAUGAUCCAAAUACUUCUAAAAAACACAAAAAGAAGAAGAAAAAGAAAGAAAAAGAUAUGUCAGACUAUAUUUCAUCAAUAAAAUCAGAAAAAUUAGGAAGCGAUGACUCUGGAAUUGGAUCCCAUAAAAGUCACAAGAAGAAGAAAAAACGUAAACACAAAGAAAUUGUUGACUAGAUUGUUUUAUUUAUUGGUUGCCAUUAACAGAUUGAUCAGGAUUGUACAGACAAUAUCCCUAAACAUAAACAGUGUUUCUGUUGCAAUAUUUGAAUUAUGCUUAACACUGCUUUGAAACAAAUAUUUAUAUUAAAUGAAACAUUGUACAACAUAUGGUAAGCAUUAUGUUGCUACUGCGUAUAUUUGUGUGCAAUAAAUGUGUAAGAUUAGUAAUGAGCACAUUUUUAUUCUUUAUGAAAAAUGUAUGAUAUGGAGAAAUAAAUUGUUUGAACAGCA